CGCCGUCGGAUUCAUUCCAAAAGGUCCGGCACCGAUUUCCUGGGUGCUUUUAUAGGGCUCAGACACGGGGCAUAUAUUUUGUCUCCCGUCGCACUUCCCCCUUUUCCCCCACUCGCCUCAGCCCUCAUCGCCAGCAGAUCGCCUGCUAACAGCCGUCAACAUGGCCGAACUCGACACGCUGGACAUUAUUGUCCUGGGCAUAAUCCUUUGCGGUACCGUCGCCUACUUCACCAAGGGCAAGUACUGGGCCGUCGCCAAAGAUCCUUAUGCCAACUCCUUCGCUGGCGCCAAUGGCGCCAAGGCCGGCAAGACGAGAAACAUUCUGGAGAAGAUGGAGGAGUCGGGCAAAAACUGCGUCAUCUUCUACGGCUCCCAGACCGGAACCGCCGAGGACUACGCCUCUAGGCUCGCCAAGGAGGGCAAGAGUCGCUUCGGGCUCGAGACGAUGGUCGCUGAUCUGGAGGAGUACGACUACGAGAACCUAGACGCCUUCCCAGGUGACAAGAUUGCCAUGUUCGUCCUUGCCACCUAUGGUGAGGGCGAGCCCACGGACAACGCCGUCGACUUCUACGAGUUCAUCACGGGCGAGGAUGUGUCUUUCAGCGAGAGCAACGACCCCGCUCUGGGAAACCUCAACUUUGUCGCCUUUGGUCUCGGAAAUAACACUUACGAACACUACAACUCCAUGGUCCGCAACGUCACCAAGGCCCUCGAGAAGAUGGGCGCCCACCGUAUCGGCGAGGCCGGCGAGGGCGACGACGGCGCCGGCACCAUGGAGGAGGAUUUCCUGGCCUGGAAAGAUCCCAUGUGGGCUGCACUCGCUGAGAAGAUGGGACUGGAAGAGCGCGAGGCUGUAUACGAGCCCAUUUUCAGCGUCGUCGAUCGCGAGGGCCUGGACUCCGACUCCCCGGAGGUCUACCUGGGCGAGCCCAACAAGAUGCAUCUCGACGGCCCCGCCAAAGGCCCCUUCAAUGCCCACAACCCCUACAUCGCGCCCAUCUCCAAGUCGUACGAGCUCUUCAACGUCAAGGACAGGAACUGCCUGCACAUCGAUGUCGACGUCAGCGGAACCAAUCUCACGUACCAGACCGGUGACCACAUCGCUGUGUGGCCUACGAACCCGGGCGAGGAGGUGGACCGCUUCCUGGAUGUGAUUGGACUUGCCGACAAGCGCCAUACCGUUAUCAGCGUCAAGGCUCUGGAACCGACCGCCAAGGUUCCCUUCCCAGCCCCCACUACGUUCGACGCUAUUGUCCGCUACCACAUGGAGAUCUGCGCUCCAGUUUCGCGUCAGUUCGUCGCCACUCUAGCUGCAUUCGCCCCGAAUGACGCCGUCAAGGCCGUGAUGACCAAACUCGGCGGCGACAAGGAUCACUUCCAGGACAAGAUCACCAAGCACAACCUGAACAUUGCCAGGUUUCUUCACAUUGUUGGCAAGGGCGAGAAAUGGACCAAAAUCCCCUUCUCGGCUUUCAUCGAGGGCGUUACCAAGCUGCAGCCCCGUUACUACUCCAUCUCGUCUUCGUCCCUUGUUCAGCCCAAGAUGAUCUCCAUCACCGCUGUCGUUGAGAAGCAGAUGAUCCCCGGCCGCGAUGACCCCUUCCGUGGCGUUGCUACCAACUACCUCCUCGCCCUUAAGCAGAAGCAGAACGGUGACCCGAACCCAGAGCCGUUUGGUCGGACCUACGAACUCACUGGCCCACGCAACAAGUACGAUGGAAUCCACAUGCCGGUUCACGUUCGUCACUCAAACUUCAAGCUGCCCUCGGACUCAUCCAAGCCUAUCAUUCUCAUUGGCCCGGGUACCGGUGUCGCCCCAUUCCGGGGCUUCGUUCAGGAGCGCGCCAAGCAGGCCGAGAACGGACUGGAUGUCGGCAAGACGAUACUAUUUUUUGGUUGCCGGAAGCCUACCGAGGAUUUCCUCUACGAGUCCGAGUGGGAGGAGUAUAAGAAGGCUCUUGGCGACAAGUUCGAGCUCGUCACCGCCUUCUCGAGAGAGGGGCCCAAGAAGGUCUACGUCCAGCACCGUCUCAAGGAGAUGGCAAAGGAGAUCAAUGAUCUCUUGGCCCAGAAGGCAUACAUCUACGUGUGUGGAGACGCCGCAAACAUGGCUCGGGAAGUCAACGCAGUCCUGGCGCAGAUAUUGGCCGAGCAGCGCGGCAUCCCUGAGGCCAAGGCCGAGGAGAUCGUCAAGCACAUGAGAUCAGCCAACCAGUACCAGGAGGAUGUCUGGUCUUGAAUGCAUCGCCUCACCCGCUUCUGCUCUGCUUUGCCCCAGGUGGGAUUAUUUCUACGGAUGAUGCAUUCACGAAUUUCAAAGGGUACAUAGAGCAUUUUGCGGCCUUCCUUUCGAUUAUACCUGUGCGAUCUUACACAUUCAGCUCUAGAUUUUUCCGUCACAUUUAGCCCUGGGGUUUAUACUUUUUUAUUUAUUUUACCCCUGUUUCAUAGUCGGCGCUUCGGGGUAUGCUGGAGGCGCGAUGAGUUGGCUGGCUGGAAACGGUGUUCCUGGACAUAAGCAUAGAUUAUUUGUUGAACUGGCCACGCACCUAGUUAAUGGCGGGCCUGUCUAAUCAAGGGAUUCGCAGCGCCGCAUCAUCCAUGACGUCUUAUCCACAAUGAUCUCUACAUCGUCGCGGCCCCUGCAUCUUCUACCCCCUUUUUAUAAUGUCGAAUGGGGGUUGUUAACAUCCAGCUACCCCAGGUAUCCAAAUCUGAACUUUAUGGGACGAUUGUUCGUAUAUCCUGUGAAUGAAUACGUCCCGCUAGCUAGCCACCCAUGGCGG